AUGGCGUCGAUAGCCCCAAGGCACGACCAUAGCGGUAUGGGGGGGAGUAUGAUAAUGGCACCUGGAGUGCCCGAUCUGUUUUAUAUGCAGCAGAUAUUCUGGGCCUUUGUCGGGACUGCGAUUGGCGUCGCGACGAUAGCGAAUAUUCUCAACAGGAUCCUAUGCCACCACCGAAUUAUAUCCUCGAGGAACAAGGGCUCACCUACUCCAGCGAAGCCACGCUCGUUCUUCUUCCAGGCACAUGCCACAACCUCAGCCGUGAUCCGGGAGUUCAGCUACUAUUCUACACCAAUAUCCUUCCGGAAUAUUCACAUUUAUCUUCCUCCUGUGGGCCCCACUCUAGUGAUGGUGUUCUACGUCGUGUUGAUAACGGUGUGUGUCUUUUACCGGCUCAAUACGAAGGAUCUCCUCGAGUUUGAAGACAUUGGCUACAGAUCUGGAUUUAUCGCCGUGGCACAAUUACCGCUCAUCGUUCUGCUUUCCGGAAAACGCAAUAUCAUCGGUUUCCUAAGUGGCAUGGGAUACGAACGCCUAAGCUGGUUUCAUCGGUGGACAGCGAGGUGUCUCCUUUUCACGGUUCUUAUCCACAUGGGGUACUGGCUCACCGUAUGGGAUAAAUAUGACUACAUCCUGGUGAAGAUCAAAGAGGACCCUCUCACGCAGAGGGGAAUAGCAGCAGGGUCGGUCUUGGCCUGGCUGGUUAUAUCAUCAUUGGCGCCAAUUCGAGGACUAUCAUACGAAAUCUUUGUUAUCCAGCAUGUCAUCUCCUGGAUCGGUUUCGUGGUUGCCCUCUGGUUCCAUAUUCCUGACGAGAACAGGGUCUGGGUCUGGCUUCCCCUUGGCAUUUGGGCAUUUGAUCGAUUUGUUCGCGCUGUCUGUAUGAUAUAUGCGAACUUCUCGAUAUUCCACAAGAAAUCCACUGGCUUCUUGGGCUGCAAGGCCACCUUCGAGCCCCUCGAUGAAUCACAUACCCGGAUCACCAUUGCCAAUCCACCGGUUACAUGGAAGGCCGGUCAGCAUAUGUUCUUGACCUGUCACGUUGUUGCGCCACUCUCAUCUCACCCUUUCACCAUUGCAAGCAUACCAGAGGACGAGAAACUAGAAUUCAUCGUGCGUGCAAAGAGGGGCGCGACUCGGAGGUUCUUCAAAUAUGCCGAGAAGGUCUAUCCGAGCCUCCCAUCCUCGACGAAUCCGAAGGGGAGAUCAGUUUUAAUCGACGGACCUUAUUCAACGAUUCGACCUCUGAGGCAGUUUGAUAGUCUGGUUUUCGUGGCCGGAUCUACAGGAGCAGCCUUUACAGUCCCUCUGAUGCGAGACGUUGUGCAGCAAUGGAUAGGAACAACCCCAGAAACCUCUCAGCGCUUGGGGCUUUCUCCACCGGCAGGAGCCGUGACUCGCCAUAUCCGAUUUAUCUGGGUGGUGAAGAGGAAAUCAUCCGUCGGUUGGUUCGGCCAACAACUGGAUAAGGUUGUCCAUGAUGUGGAGACAUUGAGAAACGAGGGCGUGGAUGUCGCUGUCGAAAUCAGCAUCUAUGUCACAUGCGACGAUCUGUUAACAAGUGGAAAGUCGUCCAUCACGGGCGACAGGCGCGACUCAUCUCGAGGCCAAAUAGCCCAGAGGUCGGGCAGCGAGAGCCCUUCGGAUGAGCAGAAGAAGGAUUUCUCUACGAGUACCGAAGAAGUUACAUCACAAUCAUCCGCCUCAUCUAGCAAAGGGUGCUGCUGCACCCGCGUCAUCACCGACGAGGACGCCAUCACCAGCCCAUGCAACUGCGCCAGCAGAAGAAAGCAAGAAGCAUCCUCCAGCACGACAACCUCCGAGAAACCCAAAACCAUCGUGGACCCACGAAUCGCCCUACUAGCAGGCCGUCCGCACGUUCGCAACAUCAUCCGUAAGACUGCCGAGCUAGCCCUCGGAGAGGUGGCAGUUGUAGUUUGCGGACCGCCUGGGUUGGUGCAGUGCACGAGAAAUGCGGCGGCGGCUAUUAGUGACGAUAGGGCUGUGCAUAAGGGGACUGGAGCCCAGGGCAUUUAUGUACAUGCUGAGACAUUUGGGUAUGCGUAG